AUGUCAUUUAUGAAGAAAGCUAUUGUCGAUGACGAGGAAUCAGUCGUCUAUUUAACUCUUACAUCAACAUACACGUUACCAGAUGCAACCAACGAACCAGACAAGGAAACAGAGAUAUCCUACAUUGAGAAAACAACUUAUAGACCAAUACUUACUAAAGUGCCGGUGCAAGUAAUUAAUACCAAACCAACCCCAAACCCCACUUCCAAACCCGCACAAAAGACAAUCACAAUCAAGCCCCAGGACAUGCCCACAUUCACGUCAAAACCCGAAUCGUCACUUACUCCAGAACCACAGGGAAGACAACCAGGCCAGAAUAGCAGCGGCAUCAAAGUCGGUGUCGCCAUUGGAAUUCCCAUUGCUUUAUUCUCAGCGUUCUUUUUGAUUUUGGGUGUAUGGUACUACUUUCAUUCCCGCAUUCCCAAAACCAAGAUAUUCGAUAAGGAAGAAACAAGUGGUGAUAACACAUUGGCAAGUAUCGACAAUGAACUAAAAGCAAAUCCAUACUUGGACUCGUCGUCUACACUACACAUCAACCCCGGCGCGGAGAAACAGCUUGAUCCCGAGUCGUUCAGGUAUAAAUGGAAGACUAGAUUAAGCCGAGUGAUAUCCAUGGGAGAUGUCAACGAUGAGGAAACUGAUAACACGUUUAUGAAACGGAUGUCGAUGAUGACACCGAUGUUCUUGCGCAAGUUCAACCUACAAAAGAAAGACAUCGAACCUCCAACAGCUACUGUGCAUGAAGUGCCCAAGAACAACCCACUAUUUCCCAAUCUCCGUAUCGGCAAGACUUUGGACUCCGCCAAGAGCAGGAUAAACCCUACACAAAGCCCAUACUUAGUGAAAAGGUCCUACACUAAACAACUACCGGACGAGCUAACAAUCAAAAUUGGUGAUAAGGUCGAGAUCCUAAAAAUGUACUCUGACGGCUGGUGUCAUGUAAGAAUAGUGCAGACAAGUCAGGACUAUCGACAUAUCGACGAUGAAGCUAUGGGAUUGGUCCCCAAGAUUUGUUUACAGAAAAUUUAA